AUGCUAUACGCUCAGGCGGCCUCGAGCCUGGAAAACCUCAAAGUCAAGGACAGCCCCAUUAAGAAGCUCAACUUCAAUGUUGACGACAAAGAGAACAACCCUGUUGUUGAUGCCACGCCGGUGAUGACUGAAAAGCUCGACCUGGCAAAGGUGCAAGAAGAGGCUCCUAAGCCUGCGGAACAAAACCGACCCAAGACGCUGAAAGAGUUGGAAGCAGAGGAAGACCUUCUCAAAGAGAACCCACACCGAUUCGUUCUCUUUCCUAUCAAGUAUCACGAGAUUUGGAACCACUACAAGAAGGCUGAAGCCAGCUUCUGGACAGCCGAGGAGGUCGAUCUCUCAAAGGAUCUUCAUGACUGGCACAACCGGCUCAACGACGAUGAGCGAUACUUCGUGUCCCAUGUUCUCGCCUUCUUUGCUGCCUCCGAUGGUAUCGUGAACGAGAAUCUGCUGGAGCGAUUCAGCAACGAAGUGCAGAUCCCAGAGGCUCGCUGCUUCUAUGGCUUCCAGAUUAUGAUUGAAAACAUCCAUAGCGAGAUGUACUCCCUCUUGAUUGAUACCUAUAUCAAAGACCCAAAGCAAAAGACUUACCUUUUCGACGCUAUCGAUACAAUCCCGUGUAUUCGUAAGAAGGCCGACUGGGCACUGAAGUGGAUCUCCGACCAGAACUCCUCCUUUGCUCAACGACUUGUUGCGUUCGCUGCAGUUGAGGGCAUCUUCUUCUCUGGCUCAUUCGCUUCCAUCUUCUGGCUCAAGAGCAAAGGCCUCAUGCCCGGCCUGACUUUCUCUAACGAGUUGAUCUCUCGUGAUGAGGGCAUGCACACCGACUUCGCUUGUCUGUUGAUGCAGCACCUCAAGCACAAGCCAGCUCCGGAGCUGAUCGAGAGGGUCAUCACUGAAGCCGUUGCCAUCGAGAAGGAAUUCUUGACGGAUGCACUUCCAGUCGCCCUCCUCGGCAUGAAUGCCAAGCUCAUGCAGCAGUACAUCGAAUUCGUCGCCGAUCGUCUACUGCUGGCUCUUGGCAACAAGCGGUUCUACAAUGCACAGAACCCAUUCUCCUUCAUGGAGAACAUCUCUCUUGCUGGCAAGACCAACUUCUUUGAGAAGCGUGUUGGUGACUACCAGAAAGCCGGUGUCAUGACCUCAAAGAAAGAGGAGAAGUCCACCUCCCCAGGCGAGGAGAAGGGUGAAGAUGACGGCGGCCUCAACUUUAACGAAGACUUCUAG